GCUCCAGGCUGAGGCGUACGGGGGCUACAACGGGAGCGGCUGCGCCGCCCGGCCGGGUCAACGUCGUGCGCAUGCGCGGACCCGGCGCCAUUUUGGUGGCCGGGCGCGGAGGUGAUUCCACAUUGAGGAGAACGCGGCGGCCGGGGUGGCAGGGGCAGUGUUCGUGUGCUUGGGCCUGAAUCGCCGAGGGAGGAGGUGGUGGAGGAAGAGGUGGCGGCGGUGGCGGUAGUCGUAGCGGUGGCGGAGGAGGCGGGUACGAAUCAGCUGCGGGCGGAGACAUGGCCAACAUCGCGGUGCAGCGAAUCAAGCGGGAGUUCAAGGAGGUGCUGAAGAGCGAGGAGACGAGCAAAAAUCAAAUUAAAGUAGAUCUUGUAGAUGAGAAUUUUACAGAAUUAAGAGGAGAAAUAGCAGGACCUCCAGACACACCAUAUGAAGGAGGAAGAUACCAACUAGAGAUAAAAAUACCAGAAACAUAUCCAUUUAAUCCCCCUAAGGUCCGGUUUAUCACUAAAAUAUGGCAUCCUAAUAUUAGUUCCGUCACAGGGGCUAUUUGUUUGGAUAUCCUGAAAGAUCAAUGGGCGGCAGCAAUGACUCUCCGCACAGUAUUAUUGUCAUUGCAAGCACUGUUAGCAGCUGCAGAACCGGAUGAUCCACAAGAUGCAGUAGUAGCAAAUCAGUACAAACAAAAUCCUGAAAUGUUCAAACAGACAGCUCGACUUUGGGCACAUGUGUAUGCUGGAGCACCAGUUUCUAGUCCAGAAUACACCAAAAAAAUAGAAAACCUAUGUGCUAUGGGCUUUGAUAGGAAUGCAGUAAUAGUGGCCUUGUCUUCAAAAUCAUGGGAUGUAGAGACUGCAACAGAAUUGCUUCUGAGUAACUGAGGCAUAGAAAGAGAGCUGCUGAUACAGUCAAGCUUGCCUCUUCUUGAGGAGCACCAACAUCUGUUAUUUUUAGGAUUCUGCAUAAAUUUCUUUUAAACUGGCAUUCUUGCCUAACAAUGUUAUCUAGGCACCAUUGGAGACUGAAAAAAAAAAUCCCUGCUCUGUAAAUAAAGCUAAUUAAACGUCUGUGUAAAUUUAAAAAGGGGAAAUACUUUAAUUUUUUUUCUUACUUAAUAGUGUAAAAAUUCUUUGAGCUAAGCUAAAACCAUGGAAAAACAUGCUACUUUAGUGUUUAGCAGUGUACCAAGACUAGCAAGAGUUUGCUUCAGGAUUUUGUUGAAUAAUUAAGAUAAUAUUUUGAGUGUGUCAGGGCCAUUCAAAUUGUUGGUGUUGCAUCACAGCUACCUUAACUGUUUUUAACAUGGAUCCUUUGUGCCUGUGAAUUUACUUGCAUGCUUGUACUUGACUUCUUAGGAUGGGUAGCUGAAAAGACCACCAUUUUAAGCAUUUGAGAAUUCUUAAAUAUGAGAUUUAUCCAGAAAUGAAGAUGGUGACCUAUUCAGAGCCUUUUUGUCCUUUGUCAACAGACUGGGACACCAUAUCUAUUUUUCCUCUCUUACCACACACAGCUAAUAUUCUAAUGGUAAAUUUCUCUGUAUUUGGUGGGGAAAUGUGCCAAGGGACAGUAUCCCUUGCUCCAUUUUUAGGUCAUAGGUUUGAAAUGUUUUGUCACAGUUCUUCAAAUACGCUUAAAAUUUUCCUAUGUAAGUAAGUAAUAAUGUAAAAAUGGAGCCACCAAUUUUAUUUCUUUUGCAAAAACAGUAAAUGCUUGACAUUGCAGUAUUCCCAGACUUAAUGAAAGAACCCAACUUAGUUUUUCAGUGAAUUUGACGUAUAUUUUUAAACUGAUGAAAUUUUUCUUUGAGAACUGGCAAGGAUACAAUCAACUGUUUUCAGUAGUUUUUAGCCUAAUUUUGGGCUUUAUAGAGAUUGCUUUAUUGGAUACUUUAAAAGUCACUGUUGCUUGCACUUCCCCAUAUUGACACAUGAAAGCUGUGUUGGUGUUUUCCUGUACAUACUUCAAAUGCACAUAGGAAUAGAAGUGUGUUAUAAAUUUAGCUUUCUUUAUGAUGUUUCUGAUAAUAUGAGAAUUGAAAACUCUACCUUCUCUUGUACAUAGUCAGACUUUCUAUUUGUAUUAAAGUUAACAUUUCAUUUUAAGUUCAAAGUUUGAAAAUUAUUAGUUUGCAAGCUCAAACACUAAUGUGACCAUUUUAUGAAGGUUGAAGUGGAUUUAUGCAGGCAGUUCUAUACGUAGAAAUACAAUUCUUUUUACAUUUUCAGGACCAAUGCAAAAUAACAAAAAUGUAAUGGAAUCAGAAUGAAUUAAACUAAGGCUGUAUAUUGAAAGUCAUAUUAUAAAAGGUUUGCUUUCUUCAAGUGUUAUUUAUCUUAAGUUAUAAUCGUUAAGUAUUUGGAAAAUAAUUUUUAAACCAUAAAGUUAGCAUAACUUCAUUUGACUUCUCAAUAAUCUUGAUACUAGAAGCAAUAAAAGAACCAUUAUUAAAGAUAUUGUAAUAUUAAAGAUGUGAGGGUUCUUCCAAAAAUUUGUAAGGCUUUCCUAAGUACUAGUUAACUCUUGUAGUUGAUAUUAUUGCAUCCUAAACACAAGUUGCUAUCUUUCCCCCUGUAUGUUUGCUUAAGCAUAAAUCUUUAUACAAUCACCUCCUUUUAUUGCUGUAGUUUAGUUAUUUUCUAAAGAUGCCAAAGGAAACAAGAUUUUUCUUUAUUUAUUUUAAAUAUUUGAAACCUUGUACUUUUCUUUGUUUUGAAGUAAGGUGGGAUUGUGUGAAAAUGUGGACAGUUUUUCUCCAUUUUUGGUUAGAAUUAAUUUUUUCUUCGUGGAAGGUGGUUUGGUAAUAUUAGUAGUAUUUGAAUUUUUUAAAAUAUCAAACACAUCUACCCAGUUUAUUUUUUGCCUAUAUUAUCAGGGUGUAUUUAAUUGUCCUGUGGUUAGACAAAGGAGAGAGAGCUCAGAGCUUACUAAAGGUCAAACAUUACAUACUUUGCUCUUGGAGGCAGCUAUAUCUUGCUUUGAUUUUUAUACACAUAGCACCAUAGGGUAUCUGUUCAUCUAACUACACUUCAGCAUCCCCAGUGCCGAGGAAAUAGGAAAGUACAAUAUGUGUAUUUGGUUUAAGAGGUUCUCCAUAAUGGAUUCUUCCUUAUAAAAACUCACUUACCUCAUUUACAUUUAAUGUGAUCAUCUUUUUUUUCCUUUCUGGUAUAUUUCCCACUGUACUUCUGAUUUUUUGUUUCUGCUUUUCACUUCUCUGCAGGUAUUUAGUUCCCCAGACAUCGGAACUAAGGCAAUUGCUUUUUUCCUCUAGUCUUAAAUGUGUUUGGAAAAAGUUCAAGCCUAGGGAAAAAGUACGCUGGUGGAGAUUAUUUUUAUAGUUCUCAGUAUUUUAGGAUUUGUUAGUUUUAAAAGCCUCAAAAAUUAUAUUUGGAAAAAAUAUAGUAAAAUCCCAUUUUAUUAUAAUCAGGCCUGUUUCCUAAGUAUGUGCCUAAGUUUUAAAAGAAGAAAUAAUUAGCUAUAAAGUAUUUCAGUACAGAUUACUGAAUGAGCAAGUGAAUAGCAGUUAGUGACCCAAAUAAGUAUACAAUAGUAUAUAAAAAUAUUUAAGGAACUUGGUACUAAAUUAGAUGCUCUGAGUUGACUCCCCAAAAUGUUUAGAAUUGUGGCUGUGGUUUACUUAAACACAUACCAUGUUCAAGGAUAUAUAAACAUUUGGAGUCUUCAGUAUUUUGCUUUUGAGGAGAGUAAUCUAUGAAAUGAAAAUGACUGAUUUUUUUUUCUUUUUUUCUUUUUUUGGAGUAUUUCACAUUUGUGAUUGUUGGUGGCAUUUAAAACUAUGCAAAAUAAUUCUUUUUAAGUAUAAGAAAAUUGGCAGUUAAAAUGGAUUUUGAUUAUUUAUGCACUACAGAAUGCAGCAUAUUGUAUUACUGUCUAGACUGCUUAAUAAGUUUACCAAUGUGAGACGUAGAUCUUGGAUAUAAGUGUAUGCCUGAUUUGAGCUUUUAAAACUCUGCAGUAGGAGUAUGAUAAUGGUUUCACAAUCCUAUGUAAGAAAACAGGAAAUUAAGAAUUUUUGUUGUUGUUUUAAAGAUUUAAGAUAGAUUGGGGCAGGGAAGAGCUGGAGCCAGGUAUACCUUCUUGUACAUAGAUGGGAACAAAACAAUGUUUAGAUGUGAAGAAAGAAGCUGUUUACAAUUAACUUUAUUUCAUGGACUUUUACAAAAUGAUGUUGUAUUAAUCACCCUUUCUAGUUCAAGGAAUUUCAAUUCCAGGGUACAGACCAUUGAUUUAAAAAUUUGCAUUUCCAUUCUUUCAGUAACAUUUAAAAAUAAAUGCUUGCCAUCAGCCAGUUGCUGUCACUGGGAAGAAGGCAACUUGAAGUAUUUACUGAUAAAUAGCCUUUAUUCCCAAGUGUGACUUUUCUUCGGUGUCUACAUAUUAUGUCACAUGUUCUAUUUGCACUGUUUGCAAUAUAGAUGAAAAAUCUUGUGGCAUAGGGGUAGGGGAGUGUUAGUAUCUCCCUUGUUCUGUUUGUUCUGUUACUGCUUUAUUGGACUGAUCUACCCUCAUAAACCUGCAGUCAGCACCUAAAUGUAAGUUGUGAAUGUGUCACCUUUUGCUUGGUGGUUUGAACCAUGCUGCUAUAUAAAAUCAGGUGUGGCACAGUUUGUGUAGUUUGAUUUUAAGGGUGAGUGGAUAGAAACCAUUGUACUGUGCUGUUAACGAUCCUUGUCUGCUUGCUGUUACCUACUUUUUACAGGCAUCAUAAUAAAAGCUAGACUAUUUCUUUGGGGGGAAAGAGACUUAUUUAAUGUAAUUUAAAGACUUUUCCAAUAGAAAAUGAAAUAUUAUUGAAAAUGAUAUCUAUUUUUUAGCUUUCAGCAAUUGAUGGUGCUUUGUUGUGGUGUCUGCUGGAAGUCUACUGCCAUUAUAGGGAACCUUGCUUGUUAGCUUCUCUAGAUCUCUAUUCUAAACAAUCUGUUAGUGAUGAUAAAUUCUGUAGGAGGAUCUUUUCUGAGCCGUUAACUUCCUGUAAGGGGUAUAUGGGUGGGUUACCAGAAAUACCAUUGCAGCAGGGUGGGUGAAGGGUUGGGUAUUUGUCUUGAGAAUUAAAAACUACGGAACACUUUUGUACACAACUGAUUUUUUAAAAAAUAAACACAUUUUUAAAGA